CAAAGUUCUUAUACAAUUUAGUCGAAACAAAAAUAGAAAAUAAUAAUUUGUAAUAAAAAUAUUUUAUAGAUCAAUUUUCGAUAGAUAUUUUUUCAUUUUCAUUUUUGUUAUUUCAAGGAGACCGCAGUUUCAUUAAGAAAUGAGAAUAUUUUUAACAGUCUUAUUUGCUCUGGUGUUCGACGUUUACUGUCAUGCCAUUAUUGAUAAUGAAAUUGAUAAUUCAAUUCAAAUACAUUCAGACCCCGAUGAAAAAAUAGAUUUGUCAGAACCUCACGAAUGGGUCAAAUUAACUAAAGUCCCGCCAACAAAUAUAUACCAUGACAAAGGUUCGAUAAUAGAAAUAGAGUGCGAAGCGCUAGGUACGCCGAUUCCAGAAGUUCAGUGGGUACCUGGAAAUGUAGUCAGAGAGAAUAAUGCUGUAAUGUUCUCUGGACCAUCAACUUUAGUUAAAGUCCGCUCAGUAUUAAUAGUUGAACGUUUGAAGCACACUAAAACAUUUUCAUGCGUAGCAACAGCAGCUGGUAAGCAAGUUAUUGCAUCAACAACGGUACACACGAAGAAAAUAGAAACAUCAAUCAACGAUGUCACACAAAUGAGAUACGAACCACGAAAACCAAAAAUAAUUUAUAACUACUCAUUAUAUUUAGAGACAGUUGGGUCAACUAUAUUAUUACCUUGCAAAAUAGCACCAAAUCGUCUAAAAAUUGAAAAAAUUUGGCUCGAUUCAAGUGGUAACGUUAUAUCAGGCGAGAAUUCAAGGUUCAAAAUUAACAGCAGCGGUGACUUAAUAAUUUUUGAUUUGAAAUGGGAUGACAUGGGUGCGUAUAAAUGUGUUGCAGAAAAUUCAAUUGGCCGUGAUGCAGCUGACACAUUUGUAUAUCCAGCAUUGAACGACGAUUAGUUCCUGACUGUCAAGUAACAUCAGUUUAACAUUAUUAGAUCAAUUUAUAGAAUUAAAAUAUCGAAUCAUAAAUGUGAACUUGUUGUGGUGGCUUUAUCCUUUGAUGUGGUUUUUAGAACAUAUGUUAAGGAAUGUCUACUAAUAAUGAAAUUUUAUCUGACAAAAUAAUUUUUCGAGAAAUAAAUAAAAUGUCC